AUGCCGUACAACAUCGCUAUGGUCAGCGAUUAUUUCUUCCCACAACCUGGCGGAGUGGAAAGUCAUAUAUAUCAACUCUCGUCCAAGCUAAUCGAUCGAGGGCACAAAGUCGUCAUUAUAACUCACGCGUAUAAUGGUCGAACAGGUGUACACUACCUCACCAACGGGCUGAAGGUCUACCAUGUACCCUUCCUGGUCAUCUACCGGGAAACUACCAUGCCAACCGUGUUUUCUUUCUUCCCCAUCUUUCGGAAUAUGAUCAUACGGGAACAAAUACAGAUCGUCCAUGGCCAUGCAAGCUUAAGCAGCUUUUGUCAUGAGGCUAUCUUACAUGCUCGAACGAUGGGUCUACGCACAGUUUUCACCGAUCACUCGCUUUUUGGGUUUGCCGACGCCGGGUCAAUCCUGACCAACAAACUCCUCAAGUUCACACUAAGUGAUGUUGACCACGUCAUUUGCGUCAGUCAUACUUGCAAGGAGAACACAGUACUUCGAGCAUCUCUAGAUCCAUUGAUGGUGUCUGUGAUCCCCAAUGCUGUCGUGGCCGAGAACUUUCAACCGCUUUCCCAUCCAAACAAGUCGCAAGAUACUGGGUAUAUGAGACCCCGGCCAUUGCCACAACGAGUGGGUCCAGACGAUACAAUCUUCAUCGUGGUCAUAUCACGUUUAUUCUACAACAAGGGAACCGAUCUAUUGAUUGCUGCUAUACCUCGCAUUCUUGCCGCACAUCCGAAUGUGCGCUUCAUCAUUGCCGGGUCUGGGCCAAAGGCAAUCGAUUUGGAGCAGAUGCUCGAGAGAAGGAUGCUCCAGGACAAGGUCGAACUGUUAGGGCCUGUCCGCCAUGAAGAAGUUCGAGAUGUGAUGGUAAGAGGUCACAUAUAUCUCCAUCCAAGCUUGACCGAAGCCUUUGGCACUGUAAUCGUGGAGGCUGCGAGUUGUGGGUUGUAUGUAGUUACUACACGCGUUGGAGGAAUUCCCGAAGUCUUACCAGCGCACAUGACUACUUUUGCAAAGCCUGAAGAGGAUGAUCUUGUGAUCGCAACUGCUAAGGCAAUUGCGGCUUUGCGCUCCGGCAAGGUCAAGACGGAGCGGUUUCAUGAUCAAGUCAAAAUGAUGUACUCAUGGACAGAUGUUGCACAAAGGACUGAACGGGUCUACGAUGGCAUCACCGGCGCGAUCAGCGAACAAGAAUUCUAUGGGCAACACGCAAUCACAAGCUGGAGUGCCGCCCGGGGUCGGUCGGAUAUCAAUAGCUACGCCCUGAUUGAUCGAUUGAAGCGCUAUUACGGAUGUGGUAUUUGGGCAGGCAAGCUUUUCUGUCUAUGUGUCAUUAUCGACUACCUCAUAUUCUUGUUCUUGGAAAUCUGGGCUCCGAGAACCAGCAUCGACAUUGCACGGAGCUGGCCCCGGAAACCGUUCAUCAAUGAUAAGAACAAACCGGUCGAAAAUGGCAUGUAUCGUCGAAGAGGAACGGAUCUUAUGGACCGAAGGAAUGGCAGCCUAAUGAUGCGGUGA